AUGGCGGCGGAUGGGGAUGUGAUUCCUGAUCAAGAAAAAGUACGAAUAGUUUCGGACUUUAUACUGCACUCACCACCGGGCGAAUUCAACGAGGUUUUUAAUGAUGUGAGAGUCUUGUUGAACAACGACAACCUGUUGAAGGAGGGUGCGUCCGGGGCAUUUGCUCAGUACAACAAGGAUCAGCUCACGCCUGUUAAGUAUCUGGGGUAUCGUUCAGUAUCUGUAGUAAUCGAAGAUCACACUAUCUCAGGAAAAUGUGGGAUCGAAUUUCAACGACUAGUAACAUUCCUAAUCGAGCAACACGCGUCCGGAAUUUCGACAGGUGACGUUGACUUUAUAGUGAAAUUGGAGCGCGAUAAUGUUCACCUGGUUGAUAUUGAAGGAAGCGAAUAUCCUGCUCUUAUAACAGAACACAAUGAUUUAGGUGGGCAAAGGUUUUACGAUGCUCGCAGUAAGCAAAGUUUUAAAUAUGACCAUCUUAGAAAGGAAGCGCAGGAUUACGAACCAUAUGAACCAGAUUCUGUGGCUGAACCAUGGAGAUCAGCUCUUCAAGAUGAAAUAACAACUUAUACUCAAAGUCAUUAUAGACACGGUGCAUGUUCAGUUUUUGGAAAAAGUCAAGGAGGUAACAUUACCUUAACGGCUUGCAUAGAAGAUCAUCAGUUUCAACCUAAAAAUUUUUGGAAUGGCCGUUGGCGUUCUGUAUGGACUGUUAGUUUUAGUCCAAGUUCUGGAAAUGCAGAAUUAAGAGGUAGUCUUAAAGUACAAGUUCAUUACUAUGAAGAUGGAAAUGUACAGCUGGUCAGUAGCAAAGAAGUAAAAGAAAGCUUACCAGUUUCAAAUGAGAAACAAACAGCAAAGGAAUUAAUACGGCUUGUUGAGGAAUCAGAAAAUGAUUAUCAAACUGCUAUAUCAGAAAAUUAUCAAACAAUGUCUGAUACAACCUUUAAGGCCUUACGAAGGCAAUUACCUGUUAUGCGAACGAAAAUUGACUGGAACAAAAUUGUAUCGUACAGUAUUGGCAAAGAGCUUAAAAUCAACAUUACAAAGUAUAAGUAUUGCACAGUGAGAAAGAAAUUGCUGUCUAACAUGUGCAUGUUCAGUCAGCCUAAUGAAACCAUCGAGUUAAAAAUCAGUGUUAUAUGAAUCAUUUGUAUCAAAUAAUGAUGUUGAAAAUCUUUUGGUGCUAUCGCUUACCACACAUUACACAACCAGACAUGUAUGCGAAAACGGAAACUAACAAAGUACAUAAUGCAUUGUACAUUGUAGAAUGUAGCCUAUAGCCUGCUGGAGCCUUAAUCUGUUCACUUUAUGUUGAGGGGGUAUUAUGUACAUAUGUUAUUUGAAUGAAUGAAUGCGAUGAAGCACACUACCAUUUGACUUUUCAAACUUUAGGAUUCGAAACAUGUUUGUAAUAUUAUUCAUAUUUUGUAAGUUACAUCGUAAUUCAAAAUAUUUUAUUUAAUCAUGUUAUUUGAUAAUUUUGAGAGAAAGUCUUUGGACAAAAUACAUACAUAACAACUUAAAUAUAAGAUCAUAAAAUCAUUUGAUCAGUUGUGAAGAGGAAGUUAAAAGAAAUGUGCAGAGAUAUAAUACAAAAAAUCUAGUAUACUAAAUAUUGCAAUAAUAAAGUUUUAUAUGUAAAUAUGAUGAUACAUAUAAUUUAAACAUUGUAAUUUGUGUUACGUAUGUAAAUUACAAAUGAAGUGUUGAAGUUUCGAAUCUUAUCAAACUUUACAGAAAAUAGUUGCCUAUAAUACUAAAAUUAGGUAUUACCUACAAUCGAAUGUACCGUAAAAUAAGAAACGCAUGUCCUUAUGUAAAAACUUAAACACAGAAUACAUUUAUUAGUUAAAUUAUGUAUUAUUAAAUGUUAUGAUUGAUUAAAUAAAGUGAUAUGACACUUUAUACUUUGACUAUCAACUUAACAUUCAGUUGAAAAAAAAAUUUAUUUUAUUUUAUAUGUACAUUAUUAAUUAGUAUUUGACAUCGACAAAGUUCAAAUAUUAAUUAUUGUUGAUGUUAAACAUUGUAUCAUCAAUAUUUAUUAUAUGUUAAUAAAUGUAGGUAAUGCAACUAUGGAAUUAUUGAAG